AUGAGGGUGGUGCGGUCUCGAAAGAAGGAGCGAGAAGCACCCGAGGCAAGGGUGAAGGUGUGCAAAGCCUUACCAGACGUGGUACCUGAGAGAGCAGACUCACCAGCACCUGGAGCAGCAGACUCACUAGUACCUGGAGCAGCGGACCUGCGAGCACCUAGAGCUGCAGCUGCAAUGCCCGGGUCAGGCGGAACUCAUAGGGAAUUGGAGACGCCAGGCGUCAGUCUGGCGGCCAAAGCAGCGCUGGGUGGUGUGCGGCCCGCCGCACGGCUCCCCAGUGCGGUCACCAGUACGCAGGACGUAGGCAUAGGGACCAGCACCCCCAGACGGCUGCUGGGGUGGCAGGGUCUCACGAGAGCGCUGCUGCUGCUGACGCUGGCCACCACCGAAGCCUCCCCGCGGCACAGAGCCACCCCGAAUAGCGCCACCGCCAUCGCCGCCUCCUCAACUCCCACCGCCACCGCCGCCGCCGCCUCUGCCGCCGCCACCAGAGCCCCCUUUCCCGCCACCACUCCCACCGCCACUCCCACCCCCUCCGCCCCCCCAACCGCCACCACCACCUCCCCCGCCCGCUCCCCCAGCGCCCUUGCCCCCAGUGCCCUUGCCGUAGCGGCGCCUCAUGCUAGGGACAGACGCAGCGCCGACUGA